AAUAAACUCUUAAAAACCUUAGCCAGUAAGGUCAGGUCAUUAGGAAGUGGUUGGCAGCUAGGGCCACAACUGUAGCAAGCAAAUCUAGAAAAGGCUGAUAGUAUUCUACUGCAAGUUCUUUGAAGUCUUGUGAAGUCCAGUUCGUGUCUUGGAUCAUUAUUCCUCAUAUGCUCCUCUUUUGACCAAGACAGAAACCGAUAACAUACAAAUCAAAGAUAUAAAAGGUACCACCAUCUCAAAAUAUUGUACUUUUGUUAUAGAAAAAAAGAAAAUAAUAUUCUAUACUCUCCUCUGGACAUUGAUCAAGUCUUUUCCCAAUAUUAUAUGGUCGAAUAUUCGAAGGAACAGAGUCAUGAGAUGUGCAGCCAGCCACUGGUUUAUGAUAGUGCAGAGAAAACUCUCUGUUAAAAGUUUCUCCAGACUAAAAACUUUGUCUCCUCUCCUUUUCUCAAGAAGAUCAACAUUGUUCUCACAGGGCUAUGGAGGAAGAAGCAGCCAGUAAUAAUCAGAUACUAGAUGAGAAAAUCUACGUUGCAGUUGGGAUAAACGUAUGGAGGAACAUAUCAAACCUCUUGUGGGCAUUGAAAAACUCCCAAGGAAACAGAAUCUGCAUCCUUCAUAUUCACCACCCAUCUCCAACCAUUCCUCUCUUGGGAACCAGAUUUGAAGCUUCAACGGUAGAUGAGGAGUCACUGAGAGCAUACAGAGAAAAAGAAAAGACGAAGAUAGAUAAGAUUCUACAAAAGUACCUGAGUAUUUGUCUUUAUAAAGGGGUUCAGGCAGAGAAGCUGUGUAUAGAGAUGGACUCAAUUGGGAAAGGGAUUGUGGAAACCAUAUACCAACAUAGGAUCAGGAAGCUUGUUAUGGGAGCUGCUGCAGAUAAACACUAUUCCAUGAAAAUGGAGGAUCUUAAGUCCAAGAAAGCCAUCUUUGUUAACCAACAAGCGCCUGCUACUUGUCAGAUACACUUCACUUGCAAAGGAAAGCUUAUCCAUACAAGGGAAGCUAGAGUGGAUGAAGUGAGAGCUCUCUCUGUUCUCCUGUCCGAGUUUCAGCGGCUUGUGUUGCCACAAAUAAGCUCUGGUUCACUUGAAGAGGCAGUAAGUUUGAAUGGAGAAAAUAACAGAUCAUCCAUGGAUAUCAUCAGCUCUGAUACAUCGUCAAACGCGGGAAGAGUUGAGGUAACACUAAGCCAAGAUCAAGAGGAACCAGAUGACUCAUCAUCUUCUCAAGUUUUCCCGUGCAGGGGAAUGCGACUAGACGUGAUAAACUUCCUCAUCAAAUCCACCAUGUUAUGGCAGAAGCUCACAAUACAAAACCAUGAGCAUUCUGAGUGAUGUACAACAACUGAAGAGCUUUUUUUUUCAUGAGUUGCAGAGGAAGAGGAGAGAGAAUGGACUGGAAUGGUUUGUGAGUUGUGCAAUGGCUUACAAAAUGAGAGCUAGCUGUUAUGGCUUACAAAAUGGAACCUCUCAAUUUUCAUUCAUAUGUUAAUUUUUUUUCUUCUGAAAAUGAAUAAGCUUUAACGUUUACAGGAAUUACAUGCUUGAUCUUUGAACAAUGUGACUAUAUUAUAUAUAUGUGGAUGUUGUUAUGUUUUU